UGUCUCAUGGUGUCUGUCUCUCUGUGUUGUGUCGUCUGUCUCUCUGUGUCAUGCUGUCUGUCUUUCUGUCUCAUGGUGUCUGUCUCUCGCUGUUGUGGUGGAGACGGACCGGAAGUGACAGCAGCAGGACUUCCCUUUGACUUCCCUGUGUAGCUCAGUCCUUCUGGAGACAGCUGGAGGAAAGUCCUCCGCGUGUCCCGACAUGUCCACAGCCUACAGGAACAGAAUACAGGAGUUCAAAGUCGCCCUGAGUGAAGAACGCAUUGACCUGAAGACUCUGAGGGAGCUCUGCUUCAAUGGAAUCCCAUUUGAAGGAGGAAUACGAGCCCUUUGCUGGAAGAUCCUUCUUAAUUACCUCCCCCUCGAUCAGACGAUGUGGGAGUCGGUCCUCAAGAAGCAGAGGGACGUCUACUCCCAGUUCUUAAAGGAGAUGAUCAUCCAGCCUGGUAUUGCCAAAGCCAACUUGGGCCUUUCCAGAGAGGACGUGACCAUGGAGGAUCAUCCUCUAAAUCCAAACCCCGACAGCAGGUGGAAUAACUACUUCAAAGAUAAUGAGAUUCUGCUCCAGAUCGACAAGGAUGUAAGGCGUCUGUACCCAGACAUGGCGUUUUUCCAGCGACCCACCGACUACCCCUGCCAGCUGAUCUUGGAUCCUCAGAACGACUACGAGACGCUGCGACGCCGGGUGGAGCAAACCACCCUGAAGGCACAAACCGUGAACCGCAACCGCAGCGGAGUCACCAAUGUCAGCUCUCCUGGGAAGUCCUUUAACCUGUAUCCGUCUAAUGAGUACGAGGUGCUGCCCAAUGGGAGCGAGGCCCACUGGGAGGUGGUGGAGCGGAUCCUCUUCAUCUACGCCAAACUCAACCCCGGGAUCGCCUACGUGCAGGGCAUGAAUGAGAUCGUCGGGCCCAUUUACUACACCUUCGCCACGGAUCCAAACAGUCAGUGGAACGAGCACGCCGAGGCCGACACCUUCUUCUGCUUCACCAACCUGAUGUCAGAGAACAGAGACAACUUCAUCAAGAGCCUGGACGACUCGCAGUGCGGCAUCACCUACAAGAUGGAGAGUGUGUACUCCAUGCUCAAAGAGAGAGACCUGGAGCUCUAUCACAAACUGGAAGAGCAGAACAUCAAACCUCAGUACUUCACUUUCCGCUGGCUGACCCUGUUGUUGUCUCAGGAGUUUCUCCUGCCGGACGUCAUCCGCAUCUGGGACAGCCUGUUCUCUGACGAGGGCCGAUUCCACUUCCUGCUCCUGGUCUGCUGCGCCAUGCUCAUACUUAUCAGAGACAAUCUGCUGGCAGGAGACUUCACAGUCAAUAUGAGAUUACUGCAGGAUUACCCCAUCUCAGACGUCCACACCAUCUUGACGAAGGCCAAAGAUCUGCAGGAGAACUCCUAACCGGUUCCCUCUGGUCCUCGUGCCUCCUCUCAGAUGUGGUAGGUGGGAGCUCGAGCGUUAGAACUUUAUCACGUCAGAUUUGUCGUGAGAGGACUUGAUCAGUGAGGACAGAUGCUCCCUGCUUUAACUCGAUGUGUGGUUAGCAGGGGCCGCUGUGGAAACCUGGAGGACUUGUUGAAAUUAAACUGUUGCUUCCUCAAAAGGAGAGGGAGAUGCCACCCUCUUCUUGAUGCGUUAUGGGAAAAGGCUGCCUUGGUACGCGGGGGUCAUCCUCUCGCAGCCUCCUCUCCCACAGAAAGGUGUCGAGAUCCCUCACUGAACAUCUGAGGGAGAGGGAGCCGCGUUCACCUGCGUCACUGAUGUUCGAACUGAAGCCAGGAACAGACCAGACUCCUGCUGCCAUCAUGUUUCUGUCAGAUUGAGUGUUGAACUGGGAUUAACAGUGCAUGUUUGUUCUCAUUUUUAAAAGCUGAACCUUUUUAAUGUAAGGAACAUGUUUGCCAUAUUAGUUUACCAACGUGAAACAGGAAACCGUGUUUCUGGCUAAAUAUGAGAAAAUAUGAAGUGAUGGGUCUGUUGCAUAACUAUCUGUCUGAAAAUCCUUAUUGUCUGAGUGUUGUGUCUCUAACAUGAGAGAACACAUGGAUGAUCAGUGUCGUGUACGGGCGCCGCCAUCUGGCUCUCUUGACGUCUUUUGGAGUCUGUGUGAAACUGAGGCCCAGAGGAGGCAGAGGCCACGUUUCCUGGGAAAAUUAAGUAUUUCUCAUUUGUAGAAUUUUAUAAUAAUUUUUGCAAACCAUCCUGAGCAGUAAGGCAGGGCAUGGAAGGCUCAUGAUUUUUCCUUUCCUGCUCCAGAAGAUUGGAUCAUCUGAAUAUUAACACGCUUUUGAAACACUGGACAUCCGCCAGUCUUCACAUGUACCUCAAAAGCAGUUCGUAUUCCAGCUGCAGCCAUCAACAAGUGACUGGAGAUUUGCUAUUCAGGAUAAUUAGAGCAAAGUACAUUUAACUGAGACACAUUCUGCUCAUACACAGGUAUGAACUAAGCUUUAAAGGACACACAGCCAUGUGUCCAGUUUGUUUUGAACUCUGAGGAUCCUUCGUUGCUCGGGAGUGGAAGGACGUGUUGGAAGGAGCCUCUGAAAAGGGACAAUGUGGUCGCACCAUCUUCGAAUGCGGCCUCUGGAGGAUACUGCUCCUGAAGUGAGACACGGCUGUUGUGUACAGAAGUAUUCAGACUCUUCCACCGUUGUGUUCAGGUUCGUUGUGUUGUGUUACUAAUCCUUCAAAUGAUCCAGAGGGUUAACCAGAGUCACAGCUCCUGUGGUGACACGGAGGAGAGGAUCCUCUCUGGAGCUGAGCAUGUCCAGGAUCAGCAUCGUGUCCUCAGCACUGGAAGGAAAUCCUCUGAUUCUAGCUCCCAGCUUAUAAGAUGAUAAAUACAGAAGAUCGGUCUCUCUAACUAUUUACCGAAAUAACUUUUCUUUUCUUUUCCUUGAUUGUCCUAUACUCUAAAUUCGUAAUAUCUUCUGUCUUCACUCAUUAAAACUUUAUUCUCAUCACAUUA